AUGCCAGAUAACCCACCAACACCAUCACCCGCCCAGAACGACGAUAUUCCCAUCAUUCACAUAAAUCUCCCAUCGUGUUACCUCAAACCGGCUGGCUCCGUCGAGCCCCAGCUCCCUGAUGGAACGUUCUCUUGCGACGCCCAAGAAAACUUCUGGAAGCCCUUACCCAACGACCCUAAGCGUCAAGAAUUCCGCAUUCAGGGCAAGAAUGAGUUAGUCUUUAUCGCCGGAGCACAGUACACGUACAAACCUAACACGUCGCUGCACAUAAAGUGCAAGAAGGCAACAUUCAUGCCUCACCCGACUGAUGCCAGCCACAAGACCGUCAUGGUGCGCAUGCCUGGCGCAAACGCGGAGCAAAACUUGCCCGUAAAAGCAAAGGAAGGGAAGAGCGGUACCGAGGCCAAAUAUCGGUUUGAUGGGUUUGGAGAGGCAGUUACUUUGGACAGGUUCCCAAAAGUGAUCAGUUCGAUUGACGAGGCCACCAGGGGAGGGGACGGGAUGGAUGGCGCAAUCGGCUUCCAGGGUGCGGACGCGGGGAGUCUUAUCAUCGAAGCGGACUCAUACGACACAAGUGCGCUUCCUGAUGACAAGGUGUUCUUCAUAGCCGACUGCACGGGAGGCAGGGGGCAGCAGGGCGGUGACGGUGGUGAUGGAGGCAGUGGUGGUGAUGGUGCCGUCACUGCCGGGACUUAUUCCGGCGAAUUGCAGACAGGGUGGGGUUUCAGCGGUAUCUGCGGAGCUAAAGGCGGCGACGGGGGGCGACAGGGUGCCGGAGGUUAUGGAGGCAGUGGAGGACAGUUCACUAUCAACCUGCCAAAAGAAUCAACUGGCUACGACAAACUCAAAGCCAGAUUCGGUGUUGAGUCGAAUACGGGCACAUCGGGGACUACUGGGGCGGCCGGAAAACCAGGAUCCGGUGGUGGUUACGGAGAGUGGCGGCAGCUCAAAUGUAGUGGCACAGAAUGCUCGAUGUCCAAAUUCUUGAUGAACGGCAUCCCCAAGGAUCAACUUAUGGCGGAGCUGAGAUCAAAACUUGAGCUAGAUUGGUCGUCUGAGCAGUUAAAUCGAUGUGCAACGAGUUACAUCAGCAGAACUGAAUCAUUUUCUGUCAGUGGCAAUGCACCGAAGGCCCUGGAUGAAAAGGAGAUACAGAAUCGAAGGGCGGAAGCUGGGCAAUAUCCACCUACAACGAGUUCAACUGUGGUAUUUAAGGAGUUAAAAAAACAGUAA